GUUUAUAGUUCCAUAUGGCGUAAUGGUGGAGGGAUACGUAACCGGCAAUGUAUAAAUAACAGCCCUUUGUUUGCGAUAACAGACUCGUUUCCUGAAGAUUCAAGAGCAGCGCCGUUGAUAAUUUGUUUUGUCAAGAUGCAGAUCUUUGUGAAGACCUUAACUGGUAAGACCAUCACACUGGAGGUGGAGCCCAGUGACACCAUCGAGAACGUCAAGGCCAAGAUCCAGGACAAGGAGGGCAUCCCCCCAGACCAGCAGCGUCUGAUCUUUGCCGGCAAGCAGCUGGAAGAUGGCCGCACCCUCUCCGACUACAACAUCCAGAAGGAGUCCACCCUCCAUCUUGUGCUCCGUCUGAGGGGAGGUAUGCAGAUCUUCGUUAAAACCCUGACUGGUAAGACCAUCACCCUCGAGGUUGAGCCCAGUGACACCAUCGAGAACGUCAAGGCAAAGAUCCAGGACAAGGAGGGCAUCCCCCCAGACCAGCAGCGUCUGAUCUUUGCUGGCAAGCAGCUGGAAGAUGGCCGCACCCUGUCCGACUACAACAUCCAGAAGGAGUCCACCCUCCAUCUUGUGCUCCGUCUGAGGGGAGGUAUGCAGAUCUUCGUUAAAACCCUGACUGGUAAGACCAUCACCCUCGAGGUUGAGCCCAGUGACACCAUCGAGAACGUCAAGGCCAAGAUCCAGGACAAGGAGGGCAUCCCCCCAGACCAGCAGCGUCUGAUCUUUGCCGGCAAGCAGCUGGAAGAUGGCCGCACCCUGUCUGACUACAAUAUCCAGAAGGAGUCCACCCUCCAUCUUGUGCUCCGUCUGAGGGGAGGUAUGCAGAUCUUCGUUAAAACCCUGACUGGUAAGACCAUCACCCUCGAGGUUGAGCCCAGUGACACCAUCGAGAACGUCAAGGCCAAGAUCCAGGACAAGGAGGGCAUCCCCCCAGACCAGCAGCGUCUGAUCUUUGCCGGCAAGCAGCUGGAAGAUGGCCGCACCCUGUCCGACUACAAUAUCCAGAAGGAGUCCACCCUCCAUCUUGUGCUCCGUCUGAGGGGAGGUAUGCAGAUCUUCGUUAAAACCCUGACUGGUAAGACCAUCACCCUCGAGGUUGAGCCCAGUGACACCAUCGAGAACGUCAAGGCCAAGAUCCAGGACAAGGAGGGCAUCCCCCCAGACCAGCAGCGUCUGAUCUUUGCCGGCAAACAGCUGGAAGAUGGCCGCACCCUGUCCGACUACAAUAUCCAGAAGGAGUCCACCCUUCACCUGGUCCUGCGUCUUCGUGGAGGCAACUAGUUCUACUCUUAACAAUGUCACAUCUUAACCCCAAUUUCCCUCAUCCCAAAUUCCCUCCUAACCUCCAACCCCACCUUUUGACCUCACUCCAAUCCCACCCCUGACUUCCCCUCCACCCUAAUCCCCAGCUCUUAAAAAAAACGAUCAAUAAAGUUCAAGCAUUCCUGAUA